AAUAGAAACGUCUCCCCCUACCACUUCGUUGGGAUCAACUUCUGUUUGCUACACUAUGACCGCAUGAUCUCAUGAACCACGACCGUCAAAUUGUCUCCUACGACCUCCAAGGCAGGAAGAUCUCGUCAUUUUGUUGGUAUGCUUUACACUCCUCCAGCUCUGAAUAUCAUGUCUGGACAUGAGUACCAACCUGAUCCCCCGUCUCCAACUUGGGACUCUCUACCCUAGGCUGUUCUACGGAUCAGCACCCAAGACUAUGGCUGUGGCUACGUCGGCUGCCAUUGCAGUAUUGCUGGGCGCUGGAACAGUCUACCUCUCACGGUGUUAUCUUUUCGCAAAACCGGAUUCUCGAGAUGAGGCGACGAGCUUAGACGACAAUGAUCAUCCUCUGCUCAAAGACCAUUCGGAAAACCGUUCUUAUGAGACGGGAUAUGCCAGAUAUCCUUCUAUCAGGAUCUUCUACCACCCGCACGCUCAUGCCGAAAAGCUUCAGGCUAUAGCGGACCUGCCUCUCCUAGUUUUCAUACAUGGUCUGGGUGGAUCAUUACCUCAGUUUGCUCCCUUAUUAGGCUCCUUAGUCAACGUCGGGCCAUGCUUCGGCAUAGAAUUGCCUGGACACGGCCUCUCUGCUUUCUCGCCAAAGGACUACAAUGCCUACACUUUCCAAGCAUUUGUAACACUAUGGCGAAAAGCCAUUGAGGACAUCUGCCGCGAGAAAGGCCACAAAAAGGUUGUCUUCGUGGCGCAUAGCCUCGGAUGUUCGAUCGCCGCGACGCUCGCUACAGACGCUCAGUUCUCUGUGCCUGUUGAAGGAAUCGUCGGCCUUUGUCCUAAAGCCUUCCCGCCUGAGCCAUCACAAGUCACGAUGGCCAGGAGAUUCCUCUCUCUUCCAGACACGGUUUUGAACAUCGUUCGAUUCCUUGAUCGAAGAGGCGGAGUCAACUCUAAGAGUGUGGAACGGAUGGCCGGUAAAGGUGCUAAGAUCGACCUCCGUCGCCUCCAGCUGGCUUUCAACAGCAAUUUCAAGACUGCUGUUUGGAAGCGGGCAACACUUGGAUGCUUACCAACAUACGAUGACUCCGGUCACCCUGUUGGUGGCCUGCCCGGCAAAGAAGUCUGGUCCAAGAUCAAAGUGCCGCUAUUCCUCAUCGCAGGCGAGUCCGACACCGUCACCAAACCAAUUGAAGUCAAACACAUCGCCUCGUACCUCAGCAAGCCAUUGGAAGCAAACACCGACGCACCUACAGCAAGCAAAGCUGUCCCAGUUGCUGACGAUCCGACAACGAACAAGACGGACUCAGCCGUCGACGAGACCGACACAAGUCCUCACCCGCCUACAUCAGAUUUGGAUCGAGAACCGGCAGCUUCCGACCAGACAUUCGGCACCAUCCCCUCCACGAGUGAGAUGUCCAGCCACAACAGCACGAUCGUCAAGACCGCCAUCCUGCCCUCCCCCGCCGCCCACGCGCUCAUGUACGACCACUCCACCUACCGCACCGUGGCGGGUCUCAUCGAGGACUUCCUCUCCCGCUACGUCUCCUCUCAACUCAGCCUGGGCUGGCAACUCCAGAAACUCACCACGUCGGGGAAAUGGGACGUCAAGAACCUCGAGAAAUGGCGACAAGUCACGCCCGUGUCCGGCCCCAUUGGCCCUGGCGCGCAUGGCCUUUUCCGCGCACUCAAGACCCUCCGCGAACAGGACCCCGUGCACACGCCGACGGUGUUCCUCCGCGAAUGGCGCGAGCGCAUCUUCGCCGUCAUCGACAUCAGCCACGAUAGUCCCGUGUACGACACCAAAGCCCUCGAGCGCGGCGGGAUCGAAUAUCACAAGUUCCCGACCGUGAGUAAAGUCCCGCCGACCCCAGUCGAGGUCAAGGAUUUCAUUGCCCUCGUCGACCGCCUGCGCGGCGAGAAUGGACACGGGGACAAAGCGAUCGGCGUGCAUUGCCAUUACGGGUACAACCGGACGGGAUUCUUCAUUGCGUGCUACUUGAUAGAAAGGGAAGGCUACAAGCCGCAGGAUGCACUGGAUGAGUUUGCAAAAGCGAAGCCGCCGGGCAUCAAGCAUGAUCAUUUCAUUGAUACCUUGUUUAUGAGAUAUCAUGUUGGCUUAAGGAGGGCGAGCACUAUCAAGUAACUAGAAUUUAUGAAGGGUUGGCCCUGGUGUAUGGAGUGUCAGGCGAGGAGACAGGGAAGUGUACGGGAUUGUGGACUACGUGGUCCAGCAUAGACUCAUCUGCAUUAGCACAAUGGGAGACAGGCCUGAUGAUGAAUGUGUUCAGAGCAUUGGAUUGGCAUCGAACAAGAGAACUUAACAUAUUGAAAAUCCAAGUUUUCUGAUGCUUUGUUUCUGGCAUCCCUGUCGUUGUCUGGCCGUAUCUGAUCAUCCUGUCGUCGUCCCACUGCUGAAGUACUACACCUUAGAGAUCCCUGGAUCCCCCAAUGCCAUGCAGGCUGCGUAAAGCUAUUGCCCGAGUGUAUGCUUGCAUUCCUCAUCACAGGACAUCAGUCCACAACGCCGAAGCAUGAUGGUAGUGAUGCUGGUCAGAUACUUGUGCUCGAUGCCUCCAUUUCAUGCCAAACCUUCGUCUCUGCGCUCACCUUUAACCUUCAGCAACAAUCCGCCGCAUAGCAGCAAAAUUUGCUCGGAACAGUCUCCACG